GCCCGAGAUAACUCUGACAACUUCACACUAGCAUCAACGACUCCGAGGGCCCUCCCUAGUCCGAUGCUUUACACCCAUUCAACGGAGUGUGGGACGGGCUGGACGGAGAUACACGCUAAAUCCACCAGGAGCUCUGUCCUGAGUAUGCACUUUGUACCCUAUGACGCACUCGUCUACAGCAUAAGCAGCACAGCAGCCUUCUUUGAUAAGGGCGUGGUCCAACUGAUUCUUUCUUGGCGGCUAAUAUAAAAGCACGACAAUCUUCGCAGGACUGCCAACACUCCCCCAAACUCGCCACCCUUGUUUGUCACCGAUCUACGGGCUACAGUCCCAGCAUGGCGGAGACAAUCAACACGAGGCUUACGCUCCAAGGGAAAGUGGCAAUCGUCACCGGUGCUUCGCGAGGCAUCGGAGCUGGAGUGGCCUUGGAUCUAGCCAAGCGGGGCGCAAAGGUCACCAUAGCGUAUACAUCACCGAGCAGCUCACAGCCGGCGGAUCAUCUAAUCUCCGAAAUCAAAGCGCUUGGAAACGGUGCAGACGCCAUCAAGGUCCAAGCAGAUCUCAGCCAGGUGGAAUCCGCAGACAAGAUCGUUGCAGCCACUCGGGACGCCUUUGGGCCAUCCAUCGACAUCUUAGUAAACAAUGCCGGCGUGGAAAUGGCCAAGCCUAUUCUCGAGUCUACCGCCGAGGAUUACGCCUUUAUCUUCGAUGUCAAUGUACGAGGGGCUUGGUUAAUGGUGAAAGCUGUCGUGCCGCAUCUGCGAGCACCUGGGCGCAUUAUCAACCUGUCCUCAGUGGGAGGACGCUGCGGCUUCGAGAACUUCUCGCUCUACUCGGCCUCCAAAGCCGCGAUUGAGGGAAUGACGAGAGGGUUCGCGGCAGAAUUGGGCCCAGCGGGGCAUACGGUCAACGCAGUAGGCCCGGGGCCGAUACAGUCAGAAAUGCUGGACCAGAUUCCCAAAGACCUUGUCGACAUGCAGAAGGAACAGACGCCCAUGGGCCACCGAGUAGGGACGGUGGAAGACGUCGCGUUGAUAAUCGGGAUGCUUGCAGAGGAGCAGUCGCAAUGGGUUACUGGUCAGACCAUUUCCGCAAGUGGUGGCUUCCUCAUGCUCUGAACACUGUCUGAGGUGGCCGGAAAGCUAUUAGACUUGCCAAAACUGUUGCUGUGCAACUUUAGAUAAUGUGAUGGAGGAUCUCAGGCACUAAUAGGCAGAUUACACUUAGAAGGGUAGAGAGAAUGUGUUUAAAAUAAGAAAUCAUAGGAUACAAUCUCGCAAGGAUUCCCGGACUGACACUCUGUUCAAGGGAUCCUGUUUCUAGAGCUUCUGAGCGAUGAACUGUAUGGG